AUGCAUGGGUUUCAUGCCAGCAGGCUAGCAGGCAGGCAGGGCUGGUGCCCGUCGUCAUGCCAACAAGCAAGCAGGCGCCUGGCCGGCUGGCUAGUGGGCGGCGUUGACAUACGCGCGCGGUUCGCUGGCUGUUGGUGCAGCACCAUCUCGCUGAUGUGUAGACCGCCUCCCUCCCCUACCGCUGUUCCGUCCAUGUUCCUGGCCCGCUGGCUGGCUGGCUGGCUGGCUGGCUGGCAAGCGGGCUCUGUUGGUCACGACCAGACGACACACGCCAACCAGCGACGACGCCGUACGCAAGGCUUGGCAACAUCCACCGGCGUGGCAUGGCUGGUGCUGCACGGGGGUACACGCGGGGCAGCCGGCAGCAGAGAGCAUGCGAGACGACCACCAGCCUGGCAAGGGGACAAUGCGGUACCAUCCGCCUAG